UGGCAGAGCCUUGGUAACUGCGACUUGGUCCGGUGUACUCGGUUUGUCCUCCUGCUGUCGCUGCCGCCUCCUCUCCCAAAACACGUCAUUUUCAUUUUUGCAUCGUCAUGAUCCAAGCCAUCGAGACUGCCGCAGCCUUCUUGGACUCUAUCGCGCCACUGACAAUCGCAGAUCCUGAGGGACUGCAACUCAUUGGCAUCGUCGCGCGCGUCACUACCGGCAACCAUCACUUUGUCUCGGUCGACGCAACGACCGGCGAGGUCCGCGCCUGUGCCCUUGUCACCAGCCGCGGGCUCAUCAUGAGCCCGACCAUGGAAGCCACCGACGCCCGUGCGCUUGGCCUCCUCGUCGCCUCAACCGUGCCCGGUUUAAUUCCCGAAGCACGGGGUCCGAAAGCGAGCCUCCCAGCAUUUCUCGACGGCUACACCUCCAAGCACGUGACGGCCAAGGUGACACCGCACCAUCACUUGCUGCUCUACGUGCUCAACCCAGCGGCGCUGCCGACGAACGUCAACGCCAUCGGUGGUCGGACUGUGGUCGGUGCCGCGGCGCUGGCAACGACUGAGCACAAGCCUUUGCUCCUUGCGUUUAUGGCGCGCUUCUACGACGAGGUCGGUGAGCCCUCGACGCCCGCCGCGAUUGAAGCCAGCCUCGACGCGCAGAUGGCACGUCAAGGCAUGUAUGUCUGGCUCGUGGACGGCAGUGUCGUGGCCUGCGCCGGGCACUCGGCCCCUGUGCCUGCCCCCGAUGGGUCGUUUGCGCUGUAUCGCAUCAUGACGGUGUUUACACCGGAAGCGCAUCGGGGCAACGGGUACGCGUCGGCGCUGACGGCGAGUAUUUGCCACAACCUGCUUGCAUUGCGUGACGGACCGCCAAGCCGCCUCAUGCUCUUUGCAGACGCGACGGUCGCGGCGGCCAACAAGGCAUACCAACGCAUUGGUUUUGUUCAAAAGAGCGAGAUGAUUACAGCGCGUGUCGAAUCGACCGAGUCAUAAGGCAGAAUUCAUACAGCGUUUUCAAGAGUACAUCAACUGCAAUGUCUGCCUUCCAA